AUGCCGAAUAGAAAUAGAAAUCAAUCAAGAGAGGGAAAUGAAGAAAAUGCUAAUGAACAACAAGAAAAUGCUGUUACACCAGUAGAUGAACAAAAUAAUAAUGUUGCUAAUAAUAAUAAUCCCAAUCCCACUCCUCCUGCUCCAGCACGUGCAUCAACAUGGGAUACAAUAAAAUCAAUGGCUUUCCGGAUGUUAAUGUUUUAUUUCGUUACACAAUUUUUCCGUCGUUCACCUGCAAGUAAUACUGCUGGAAAUAGUACACUAUCAACAAAUCUUAAUAGUGGUUUUACUCCCGGUAAUCUUUAUGCAAAUGGAGAUUUACUUGAUAUCUACAUGUUUAUUAAUGAAAAUGAAGUUUAUACAUACGAUGCAUUAAGAAAACCACAUUGGGAAAUCGAUGGUUUUAAAUACGGUGAUUGGUCAGCACAAAGUACUUACACAAAAUUUAUUGAAUUUCCAAUUUCAAAAAAUGUACAAAAUAAUGGAUCACUUUAUUUACAUGCUGUUGUAACUAAACAUGGACUUUCAAUUGAUCCUGAUGAACGUGAAGAUCAUUCACCACAAUAUAUAUUUUACAAAACCAAACGUUUGAAUAAAUAUAAGAAAAAAAUUUAUAAAAAAACUAAAAAUCUCUUAACUGGAAGUACAGAACAUGAUGAAGAAUAUCAAAAGAAAGCGGAUGAUAAAAUUGUUGAACUUUUAUCUCAUUGGCAUCCGAAUAUGACUAUUAAUUUACUUGAUGAUCAAUCACCAUGGGCAAAAGGAAGCAUACCACCACCAAUGGAUAAAUUUUUUGAAUUCGAAACAUAUACGGGCAGAUAUUAUCCAGUACUUUAUUUAAAUGAUUAUUGGAAUCUUCUUGUUGAUUAUUAUCCAGUUAAUAAUACAUUAGAUAAACUUAAUUUAACAAUUACUGUUGCACCAAUACAAUUAUGGAAAUGGCAAAUGUAUAUAUCACAAAAUUUACGUCAAUCAUGGUAUGGAAAUAUGCUUGGAGAUGAAGAAAAUGAUGAAGAUCAAGAUACAAUGAAACGAGCACUUGUUGAAACAAAUCCAUAUUUACUUGUCAUAACUAUAGUUGUAUCAGUAGUACAUACAGUCUUCGAAAUAUUAGCAUUUAAAAAUGAUAUUCAAUUUUGGCGUACACGAAAAUCUCUUGAAGGUUUAUCUGUUCGAAGUGUUUUCUUCAAUAUAUUUCAAAGUUUAAUUGUUCUAUUAUAUGUAUUUGAUAAUGAAACAAAUACAAUGGUUCGUAUUAGUGUUUGUGUUGGUAUACUUAUUGAAUUAUGGAAAGUACCAAAAAUUCUUAAUUUCGAACGUGUACCAAAUGAAACAUGGUUGGGUUUAAUUCCAAAAUAUAAAUAUGUUUAUAAAGAAUCUUAUACUGUUACAUCAACAUCAGAUUAUGAUCGAAUGGCUUUUAAAUAUCUUUCAUGGGCAUUAUUUCCAUUAGUUAUUGGUUAUGCAUGUUAUUUAUUGAUGUAUCACGAACAAAAAAGUUGGUAUUCAUUUUGUUUAAGUACAGUUUAUGGAUUUUUAUUAACAUUUGGUUUUAUUAUGAUGACACCGCAAUUAUUUAUUAAUUAUAAACUUAAAUCAGUAGCGCAUUUACCAUGGCGUAUGAUGACAUAUAAAGCAUUAAAUACAUUUAUUGAUGAUUUAUUUGCUUUUGUUAUUAAAAUGCCAACAAUGUAUCGACUUGGAUGUUUUCGUGAUGAUAUAAUAUUCUUUAUUUAUCUUUAUCAACGUUAUAUCUAUCGAGUUGAUCGUACACGUCUUAAUGAAUUUGGUACAACUGGUGACCCAAAUGCAGAACUUGUACCCGUUGAGGAACAAUCACAAAUCGAUACAACAACUGAACAACACGAAAAAACAGAAUAA